UGUCCCCGACCGCGCGCCAGCCCACGCAAAAUGGCCGUCACACGUGCCAGUGGGUUGCUUGAGUUAGCGUUGAGACAGCAUGUAUCACUAUGCUGGAGAUGCCCCUCCCAGCUACGGCAUCUUGUUGUAUCAUCCCGUUGCAAUACUCAAACACCGCCCAAGAGACCUGUUGGUGCAUUUCUUGAAUUUGCACAUUCUCAAACCGUGGAAAUAUUGAGAAACAAUCCAGAUGUGAGCAGAAGAGAGUCUCUCAAGAUAGCCAGUCAGAAGUGGCAUCAGCUUGACCCACAGGAGAAGGAUGAGAGAACUAGAGUAGUGCGUGAGCGCUAUAAGGAGUAUCAGCGGCAGUACCAACUGUAUCUGCAAAGCCUGACAACAGAGGAGAGGGAUCGACUGGAUGAACAAAGACAAUUCCGCAGGAAAAGGCUUGCUAAGAUGAGAAAGAAAAGGGAACUGAAGAAUCUUGGCAAACCCAAAAGUAUUCGAAAUGCAUUCUUGCUCUUUGUGAAGUCUUCCCGACUUGAAACAAGAGGCGCCAACCCCACAACUGUCAUUCAGCGUUUGGUUGAAAACUGGAAGGCAUUGCCAAAAGAUGAAAAAGAGAUCUACUACGAGGACGCUCGGCUGGACCGGGAACGCUACGAGUCUGAGAUGAAGGCUUGGGAAGAUAAGAUGAAGGAUAUCGGAAGAGAGGACGUCAUCAGGAUUAAAAGUAGAACCAAAAAACAGAAAGUGACAAAGGCCCCAGCAAGAAAGGUCAAGAAAGCUAAAACUAAAGCUAAAACUAAAGCUAACUCUAAAGCUGGAACAAAAGCUAAAACAAAGACAAAGGAUACAAAAGCAACUAAAACAAGGUCUAAGUCUGCUAAGACCGACACCAAAUCCACACAAACUGAUUAACACAUGCUCCCAAAAUUUACAGCAUGUGAAGUUGUUUCAUAUUCCAUUUAUCAUGAUGAUGUGUGUGGAAUCAUGAUACAUAUUUGAUGUCAGAAAAGUAUCAGACUGAAUCAUCAUGAUACUGAUAUUAUCAAGAACCACAUAUAUGCUUUUCAAAAGAACACCUGAUUCUUGUAUCUCAAGUCAGUCAGGGCAGGGUAAAUUAACUGUAGUAACAGUGUAUGAAAUAAGCCAAAACCCCAGCCAGACAUGAAGGCUGGUAACUUCAAAAUGUUACCAGCCCAAAAUGGAUUUAACUAGAAAAGACAAAAGAAAAUACAUGUAACUCAAUGUUUAUUUAGUCAGAGCUUUGAGCUUGCGAUACAAUAAUUAAUGUUAAAACAGUAAUUGGCAAGUUUAAAAGUAAAGCUCAUUUUGAAAAAUAGAUUUUAAGAUAUGGUGAUUUUACUCAGAUGUAUGGAACAUGUUAUCUAAACUUUUUACUUGACCAUCGGGCUGGCUAGCUGUAAAUUUAGACCGUCUGUCAUAAAUCUAGCCCGUCUCGGGUGGUCGGACGGGCCUUAUUUCAUACACUGGUAGUAAUAUAAAAGAAUGGUGUGUUCUGUAGCUUCUUUGAGUAUUGCUUAUGAUCAUAAAUCAAGAUUAUUUAAAUUUUGGAUGUGAGAGAAAUGACAAUCCACUAGGUAAACUGAAACCAUGUGAUCAUCAAACAGUGCUGUUGUUACAUGUAUCCCAGGACCAUGAAAUGUUAGUGCUAGUUAGUGUAGCAUGGACGACAGUAUAUGGUGAACAUACUGCCAGUAUCCCAGGGCAUUGAGACCAAAGAUUUGGCCAUUCCAUGUGCUACCUCAUAUCUUGUUAAUGAAAAUCUGAUGUUGCCAUAGUAAGUUCUAAUUUUUAAUGCCUUAAUAAUAGCACUUGUUAAUUAAAUCACUUGACAGUACAAUGAGAUUAUUUAGCUUAGUUUGUUACAGUGUUCAAAUACCAUGAUCAAUAACCAUUUCAAAAUCUAGGGAUCUAUGUGUAGAAUCCUGAUCUUUGAACACAAGUCCAGGUUGCAUAUUGAUUUAGACUUUACUGAGCCGGCUGGUGACGGCUUCAUAGAUAUUCAUUGUCUGCUGGUCAUGAAAAUGUUUCUGCGGAUGAAUCUUCAGCAUUAGUAGGGUGAUGGGAAACUGUUGCAGUACAGUGUGACGGCUGUUUAUCAUGGCAAGGAGCCGCACUCCUUUCUCAAAACAUGUCUUCCUCAUAAGCAUCCUGGAUUAUCCAAUGUAUCCUUUCUGCUCUGUUGUGAUGAGACACAAGACCAACUUGCUACCAUAGCUUAGCACCUGAUAAGAUAGACACAGUGCUAAUCAUAGCUGAAUGAUCAAAUUACACAAAUAAUUUAUCAGCAACAGAAAUUCUUUGCUAGGUUUGUAAUAGGGAAUGUGUUUGAGAUGAUAUAUCAGCACACAGGAUCACGUGACACCAACACUGUGGUGAAUGUUCACGUGAUCAGUGUGUGUCCUCCCUCCCAUCUCACUGUACUUGUGUCAAGGAUGCAGUCGGAUACUGCAUUGUUAGACUAAAGCCAGUUGUGUCAUACAGUAUGUACAGAGCAAUGAGCUUCUAGUUUACCAGUACACUAUUUUGUGAUGACCCUGAUCAUGCUAGUUUGUCUUGUUUUUGAAGAUCUUUAUCACCACCUUGUGUUCAUGUGGCUCAGACCCACCAAGGCAAACCAGCAGCCACAUCAUCGAUUAUGUUGACACUUUCAAUAGAAUGUACCACAUAAAUUACAAGCUAGACACAUGCCUCAGUAACUUUCCAUUACAUCGACUAAACCCCUUCCUUCAGUGUAAACAUACCACAUGGAAUGCAACAAUAUGUGCAGUGUUCCUUUCUGUGGGGAGUGAUAAUCAUUGUUUGUGGGGUUUGUGCUGUGAGUGUACUUUCUGUGGAUAUUCCUAUUUAAUAUGUAGGUCGUAUAGUUUGGUUGCUAUCUGCUGGUUUUCAUUGGUGGGCCUGAGGUUGAUACUGUGUGUGUGUGUGGGUGCUGUACUUUAACACUGCCAUGUUAGCUGGGGCAAGUGAGAAGCCUCUGGUCAAGUAGUAUGCAUGACUAGUUCCGUAUUGGUAACAUUGCAUGAGAGUGCUGCCUUUGUAUAUAGCAUUUGUAUGGAAGGAAACAAAAGAGUGAAAUAAAUAUAUCUUAUACAAAUAUUGCAGAAAGUGAGUUUGUUUGGUUUGUGUAGACAGCAGCAGCUGUAGUUGGUAAAUUUGAUUGAGUGAUUUGACCAAUUGUACACAAUAGUGUCAUGCUCUUCCUUGAUUUCUGUACAGGCUUCUAUUGCAGGAAAAUUGCCUGUAUCAUUAAACAACUCUCCCGUACUCAAACAACCACAACAAACUUUCAAAAGAUCAUUGUGUUGUGAUUUUUAUAACUAAAAGGCUCUUAUCAAGGCACAGUCCUUGCCAAAUACUUUUGAUUCAGCCUGCCAAAUACUUUUGAUUCAGCUUGCCUAAACUUGCAGAUUUUAUUUUGAACCCAAGAUAAACCUGAACAGGUGUCCAGAAGCAGCUUCAAAUCACCAGAAGACACACGUCAUACAAGAAUGGGGAUUUCCAACAGGUGGCUAACAUCACUCACUGUCUAAAUCUUACCUCAUGUUACAUGCUGGCUGCUUGAUUAAGCAGAAAUUCACCUGCCUAAGUUGCGAUGUUAAACAAAGUAAACAAAUACUGAUGUUGAUAAUUCCUUUAUUCAGCUCCUCACUACUUUGUAAAUAUGAUGUCCUGUAUGAAAAUAAAUCUUGGACAAUGAGAA